AUGAACAGCGUAUAUAUGCACAUUCCACAGUGGAUACGGGAACGAGUCAUUUCACUCCAAGUAAUCAGCGAGGACCUAGACGCAGAGACUGUGACGGAAGAGUUGGCCGAGUUUGGAGAUGUGGAAAAUGUACAAUUCAUUGUCGGAAGGACGAGUGGGAAGAGGCAUGCACUCGUAACGUUUACGGAUGGAGAAAGCGCAGCCAGAGCCCUUGAUGGCAGAUCCAAUCUUCCAAUCAAACCCAUGAAUCCGACAUGGUUCGCACGAUAUAAGCUUACGGAUAGUCAACAAGUAGAAAUCCUACGGUCAUUGGGCAUCCCCCGGUUCCUUAUUCCAUACCCAUCCACAGAGCCGACCGUAGCAGUACCUUCAUCCUACGACGAAGCUCUGAAGAAGAAGCUGGAAGAAUCAGAACACCGAGUCAACCAACUACUAGGCAGUAGUCAGCAGCUUCGCAGCAAUCUCGGUGAAGCUCACAAAUACAUCAACCUUCUCAAGGAAGGUCUAGAGGAUGCGAAGAAAAGGCUAAAGCAAGAAAUAAUGCACCGUAGCGAAGCCGAGAGGAUCCUUCAACAGAAAAUAGAAGAACAAAAUCAAGUGAUCCAAGAGCUCAGGGUUAGAUUGACCCAGCCUCCACUCGUCUCCAGGGAGGACUCUACCAUGCAGAUUAGUGACAAUGCGCCGUCCAAUUCUGGGUGUACAGAUCCCACAGAAGAAACGAAAUAUCGCCCUGAGAAACAAGAGAACGAGGCCGUUUCACACCUUCCCAUCCCACAACCGUACAUUUCAGCUGUUGGCCCCUCCCUGCUCGAGGCAUUUCGUCUCCUUGACCAAAUUAUAACUGGCGCGCUUUCAGCGGAGGCUCUCACAGACGGUUCAGAAGGUCCGAUGCGCAAAAAAAGAAAGCUAGGCGAUGCCUGA